AUGUCAAGUCGUGGAAAAUCAAGUGGUAUUAUUGGUGGAAAAGCGCGUGGUAAAGGAAAAUCUCGUUCCGGUCGUGCCGGUUUACAAUUUCCAGUUUCACGUAUUCACCGUCAUUUACGUCGUGGAAAUUAUUCAGAAAGAGUUGGUGCAGGUUCACCGGUUUAUUUGGCAGCUGUUCUUGAAUACCUGAGUGCCGAAAUACUUGAAUUGGCUGGAAAUGCUGCACGUGACAAUAAAAAAACACGCAUAAUUCCACGCCAUUUACAAUUGGCAAUACGUAAUGAUGAAGAGUUAAACAAAUUACUCUCUCAGGUAACAAUAGCACAAGGUGGUGUUUUACCAAAUAUUAAUCAAACAUUAUUGCCUAAAAAGUCAGCCGGUGGAGGGAGUGAUACACCACGUGAACCAGGCAUAAAUGCGAAAAAAUCGAAAAAAAGCGCUGCUGUAGUUGAGAAAGUUUAA